AGCCCCUAGUUCACACUGUCUGGAGUGUACGUGAGAAGUGACCAUCCUGCUGUGCCACCCAGAGUCGGGGGGGCUGGGGGAGGGAGACGGAUGAGACUGGACACAUGUUAGUGAUAAAAAUACCACAGCAGAAAUACCCACAAUGUUGGAAAGCCUCAGCGGGCCAGGCUUUGUCCGUGGAGAGGGAGAAGGAGAAGUUAGGAGAUAAAGAAUGAACAUGCAUUUCUAUAGCACCCCCUCACCAUCCUCAUAUAUUUUACAGGCCGUUAAAUGAAGUCCCAGUUUUAAUCACUAAUCCAAUAACGAAUGUACUGUCUAUACAGUCAUUCCCACUGUACCACAAGGUUAGUUAAAAGAAAUACAUCGAUGCUGUUUGCACGUAGCAGCUGUGUGAAGCUGUUCAGACCAUCUGUAAUCUCAUUUUUAAUCUUUAAAUAGGAUUAGGAAUUCCAGAUUCCUGUCACUUCAUCGGAAUGUGAAUUACAAGCGAUCUGGGAGAGGCUGGUACCUCGCUGCUUCUAGAAUUUAACUCUUCUUCAACUUUUGUUUUGAACAAUGAGCCACAUUGCUCUGUUGUAGACAGCCAAAUUGACCUCCUCCCUCAACAGCCUGUAGUCUUGCUGCAGCCUCAUCUGCUUUACCAGUGACUUCGUGAUAUGCCGUGGUUUAUGAGAGACCUUUGUUUACCAGGGCUAGACCUGAUCGACCUGGUUACCUGGUAACCCUCGCUCCGGCUGCUGCCUGCCUCUGUGUUGGUGUGUGAUGCCCUGAGCUGAGCUCCUGAUCUCCAUUCAGAUGGGGCUGUAACUUGUAAGAAGUGCUGUUGACAAAUGAAGAUAUUAACCAGCACUGGUCCAGUAAUGUGUAAUGCUGCUUUAUUUGGAAUUCAUAGAAACGUAGAAAAAUUGAGCAACAGUAGGCCGUUCAGCCCUUCAAGCCUGCUCUGCCUUUCGAAAGAGAUAAUUGAGAAAUUACAGACCGGUCAGUGGUAGGGAAAUUAUUGGAGAAGAUUCCUGGCGACAGGAUUUACCCAUGUUUGAACAAAUAGGCACUUAUCAGCGAUGGACAGCAUAGCUUUGUGCAGGGAAGGGCAUGUGUCUCAAACUUGAUUGAGGUUUUAUUUUGAGGAAGUAACAAAGAUGAUUGAGGGCAGGACAGAUGUUGUGUAUAUGGACUUUGACAAGGUCCCUCAUGGUGGGCUGACACAGAAGGUGAAGUCACAGGGGACCUGUGGUGAGCUGGUAAGAUGGGUACAGAGCCGACGCAGUCAAUGAAGACAGGGAGUAGCAGUGGAACCUGAAACUUCUGUUGCUUGGAACAUGUGUUGAAUGAUUUGGAGGAGAAUGUAGGGGGCCCAGUUUAGUAAGUUUCUGGAUGACACGCAGACUGUGGGAGCUGCAGAUAGUGAGGGGGAUUGCAGCAGGAUGUGAAAAGGCUGGAGACUUGGGCAGAGAAAUGACAGGUGGAGUCUAAUCUGGACAAAUGCGAGGGUGGUGUGUUUUGGAAGGUCCAAUGGAUGCGGCAGAAACCUUAGUAGCACCAAGUUGCAGAGGGAUCUUAGCAUACAGGGCCAUUGUACACUGAAAGUGGCAACACAAGUGGAUAAGGUGAUCAAGAAGGCACACCACGUGCUUUCCAUCGGGACAUAGGGUAUAAAAAUCCUUCAGUCAUGUUGCAGCUGUUUGGAAUUUCAGUUCGGCCACAUUUGGAACAUUGUGUCCAGUUGUAGAGACCACAUUCCCAGAAGGAUGCGGAGUCUUUGCAGAGGGUACAGAAACAGUUUACCGGCAUGUUGCCUGGUUCGGAAGGUAUUCGCUGCAAGGAGAGGUUGGACAUACGUGGUUUGUUUUCACUUGAACGUCAGGCUGAGAGGUGACCUGAUAGAAGUUUACAAAGUGUGAGAGACGUGGCUGACUUUUCCCAGGGUAGGGACAUCGAUUACAGCACAGCAAUAGACACAGCUUUAAGGUAAAAGGGGGUGAUGUUUAAAGGAGAUGAGAGGGUGGGAAGUGCCUGGAAUGUGCUGCCAGAGGAGUUAGGGCAGAUGGAUGACUAGCAAAGUUUAAGAGGUAUCUUGGCAGAAACAUGAAUAUGCAGGAAAUAGAGGGAUACAGGCUGCGUAGAGGUAAAAGAUUUUCAAUUUAGAAAAGGCGUUGUGUUUCCGCACGGCCUUGGAGGGCUGAAGGGCCUGUUCCUGUGCUGGACUGUUCUUUGUAUUCAGUCUGAUCAUGACAGAUCAUUCAACUCGGGAUCCUGUUCCCACCCUCUCCCCAUGUCCUUCACUCCCUUUAGCCCUAAAAACUCUAUCCAACUGCUUCAUGAAAACAUUCAAUAUUUUGGCUUCAGCUGUUUUCUGCAACAGUGAAUUCCACAGGCUCCCACUCUCUGGGUGAAGACAUUUUAAUUUAAAUCCCGGUCCUAAAUGGUUUGUGUCGCGUAUUUACAAUGUGGCCCUCUGGUUCUGAACACCCGUUAUCGGGAACAUCCUUCCUGUCUUUACCCUGCCUUGUCCUGUGAGUAUUUUCUGGGUUUCCAUGAGAUCCUGGACUUGGGGGAGGGAUCAUGGUCAGUAACUCUGCAAACACUUCCUCAAAUAUUUCAUUGGUGAUGUUUUUCUUUGUUGUUCUGAGGAACUGGCAGACUAUCCCAGGCUGGGGAGUCAUGUGCCCAGGAGGAGCUACCCACCCUGAGCCAGGUGGCUGUCAGCACUGGGUGGCUGGUACAGAUGUGCCCACUGACCUGGCAUAGAACAGAACAUAAACCAGCAUCAUGAGUCCCACAGCGAUGCGAUGUGGUCAGACCUCCAGAACACAGGGUAACAAGGGUGGUGUAGCUGUCCGUCUGUCUGUCUAUGGGCACCUGAUCUGUCUUCUGAACUGCCACCUGCCAGCUCACAUUGAGAACACAAGCCAGAGACUGGAUUCCUUCGAGCGGAUCCUGGAACUGCAGCAAUUCACUGGCAGCAGAGCACAGACCAUUCUCGAACAUGAUCUGGUUUUCUGGUUUGGUGAUCUCAACUUUCGCAUCGCUGACCACGGCCUACACUUCAUCCGAGAGACCAUCAGCAAGAAAUGCUACCACCUGCUGUGGGACAAGGACCAGCUGAACCGAGCGAAGAAAACUGAGCCAAUGCUGAAUGGAUUUCUUGAGGGAGAGCUGCGGUUCACGCCCACCUACAAAUUCAACUUGGCCUCCACCGAAUACGAUAUGAGUGGGAAGAAAAGGAAACCGGCCUGGACAGAUCGGAUCCUGUGGCGACUGAAGAAAUGUCCUGAGGCUGGAGGGAGUGAGCCGCCAACAUCUGACCCAAAGAAAGCCAUCAGUGUGAUUCUAAACACCUACGACAGCCAAAUGCAGUAUGGAAUCAGUGACCACAAGCCAGUGGUGGGAAACUUUUCCCUGGAGUUUGAGAAGCUAAUUGCUCAGCCGUUGGUGGAGCUACAGCCUGUCGGAGAAUGGAGACCAGGGCACGAUGCCACCAUCUCCUAUCGCACGCUGGAGGAGUAUCCCAGCAGCACCUGGGACUGGAUUGGGCUAUUCAAGGUUGGGUUCCGCUGUCAUACUGACUAUGUGACGUAUCUCUGGGUGAAGGACGAUGAGUUAAUGGUCAAUGAUGAUGUUUACCAGGUAUAUCUGAAUGGUGAGGAGGUCCCCAGCUCAGGUGGAGAAUUCGUCCUCUGCUACUACAGCAGCAACAUGGAGACCAUUGUUGGCGUCAGCUGCCCAUUCCAGAUCCUGCCGGAGUGUGCGGACAGUCAGCUGGAGAUUGGAAGUGGAAUGGACGUGUCAUGUGACAAUCCUGUUCACGGUCACAUGGACACAUGCUGAGUUCCCAUUCGCUGCAUCAUGUGCCUUGUCUCUGUCGCCCAUGACAGUGGGAGCAGAUUAAUCGCUCCCAACAUUGACCCCCCCCCCCCCCCCCCCCCCACACCUUUCCCACCUGGUUUCCCCACCAUGACCUGCCCCUGCUCGGGUUGUAGCCUGGUGUGUGACCAGGUCAAACCCUGCGCAAAGGGGCCGCCAGAACGAGGCGCCCUGGCCAGUAGGUGACGGAGUGGGGAUCCUGUGACCAGGGAGCCUGGUUUACUCUGGGCCUCGUUUACUCUGGGCCUCGUUCCUUUUGUACACUGACCCUUGGUAUCCACUGUUUUCUAGUUCCUUUGUCAACUCCCCUCUUUCCCCUUUGUGUUUUAUUAAUAACUGAAAGCAAUGCAAUUUAACCAAUCAUAAUACGUGCUUGUGUGGGGCUGGAUAGUAAAUGGGCCCAUCCUGAGCUCACUCUGUUCAGGGGGAGGGCUUUAAUGGUUGGUAAAAGAGGGCAUUCCCUUGGGGAGACCUCUCCCAGAAACCCCACAGGUAGUUAGACUACCUGUUUUAAUCAUUCUUUUGCUAUCCUCACUGUCCUGUCGCAGCACUAUUAUGAUGUGUUGCCCUUUGAUAACCUAAUGACCGGACUGGACAUCGAAGAUUGUACACAGUGUUUCAUUGUGCUCUCUUCCUGACUCCAAAGUCAUCUCCGAAAAUUGUGUGUGUGUCUGUGUCGCUCUCUCUAUGUUUCGGUGUGUCUCUCUUCUCUGCAUUUCGCCAUCAUCAUCUGUCAUUCCCACGGCUCAUACUCUGCUCUGUUCUUGUUGCGUUCUAUCUCUGUCGCCCUCUUGUUAUUCUGUGUCGCUGUCUCUAACUCUGGGCUGGGUGCAGGCGGUGGGGGGUGAGGCUGCUGUGAAGUUGAGCAGUUUAUAUUUUUGUCGGGUUGUUGUAUUCUGUUUUGGGACUUUGCUCCCACAGGUGACAGCUGGGCUCUGACCCCCUUCCCCAGGCUCCUUCUGAACAUCUGCCAUCCUGCCUGAGGGAUCUCCUAACUGCCAAGGCUGGCAGAAGCAGAGAAACUGGCUGAGGCCAUUCAGCCCAUCCUUUCCAAUGAACUCACUGCCGCUUUUGUAUCAGGCCUCAGUUCCCGGUGUCUGGUUUUUGUUGUUAUUGUGUGGGGAGGGCCUCACCAUGAGUAGAGACUCUGCGGGUAUUCCCUCGAGGUUAAAAGUAUGCAAGUUUAUCUCCAAGAGGCUUUCUGAGGGUUUCACAGGGGAGCAUCUGGGGAAAUCUCAAACAUGGAGUGGUGGGGGGAGGGGGUCAGAUGCUGAGUCAAGGGGUUGGCCAUUUCAGACCUGAGAUGAGGAGGAGACGUUGCUUCACUGAGAAGGCUGUGAACGUACAGCCGAGAGCUGAGCGUGUCUUCGCAGGAGAGAGCACUGGGAAAAUGGAGGGAUUGUUUGGGGAGCUUGGAUUCAGCUAGGAGACCAGCAAAGGGGCUGAAAGGCCAUACAGUGAUGGCCAGUCAACCCUGACCAAGCAAAACAUCUGUUGAGCUCUGAUUAAAAAUUAUCAAAUGCGUUUACGUUAAUGGUAUCAUUUGAAACCCUGGACUUGAAGCUAACUCAGCCCACGAUGAGGCAGUUCCUCUGUGUGAUCACUGUUUCUGAAAUGUUCUCCACAGACAGUGCCCAACUGCAAUUCCUUCUUCAUGGUGCUCUGACUGAUGUAAGGACUGACAUUUUCUCCGAAACUUUGUUCAUGUUACAUCUGCAAUCUCACUCUUGCCUUUUUCUUAAAAGAUCUGCAUUGGGCUGAAUGACCUCCUCCUGUUCCUGUGGUACAGUCUCACGGGGCUGAAUGGCCUCCUGCUGUCCUGUAACGUAAGGAAGAUGGGACUGAUAAAGAAGGGGGUCAGGCUGGUGGGAAGGAUUGAGGGAGGGAGAGCGUUCCUGGCGUUGUCUGUCUCUGCCCUCCACAGGAGGCCCUCAUAACAUCUGCGACUCACUGUCCCCUUGGGGCGGGGUAUCACUGACCUUCCUCCCCCGGUGAAGGGGGCCAGGGGUCAUUCCCGGUCCUGGGGGAAGCCGCAGCCUGACUUUAUUAGAGCUGUUGGCUAAAUGGAUGUUUUACAAUCCUGUGCAAGGAUUUUAUUGGCAACUUGUAAAUGUUGGAUUUUAAUCACAGUAACAACAUCGAUUAAAACUGAAGAACUUCUGAAAA